AUGGCUGCAGUCAUGGAACCUUCAGGCCUAGUGCUAGGCUCAUAUCUGCCCGAGAACGACAUUUCGCUGCGCUGCGCACGUUUCAAAGCCUCUCCAUUUCUGCCUCCCCUGGACGGCAAUCCUACUCCCGAUUCAUCAGCUGCCUGGUCGCAGCCACGACCUUCGAGACCGCUGGAGACUGCAAACGGUCCUCACCCGUCAGAAGAUGAUCACCAGCAUAGCCGCAAGCGACCGCGACUUGACACGAAGUCAGUCUACGAUGACCAUUACACCACCUCAGAAUCCUCAUUCUGGCGAGAAGCCCUCAGUCCCCCGCCUCUCGUCAACACAAACUACCGCAUCGCAGGUGGUUUGGAUACGCCUACCGCACUAGACAUCCAAAAGGAAGACGAUGCCCAUGAAUUUGACUAUGAGAUCGACUGCAGGCCUAACAGGUACAACAGCCAAAAGUCGCUCCAGACGUCAGAGUCCUACUUCCCACAGACACCAGCCCCAGAUCGGUGCCGGAGGAGUAAACGGAGACUAUCGCCCCCGGCGCCACCAAUGAAGAGCUGGGGAAAGACAGUUUGGGCUUUGACUGGUGGUUUGGCAGGCAGAGUCUUCAAUUUCUGUUGGAAUACUACCUUCAAGGGCUUUUACGCCGGCGGGGGCGGUGGGUACAAGUUCGAUAUCGGACCCCCAGAUGUCGGUUCUUCUAGUGUCUGGACGGAAAUUGAUUCAAAACCCGAUGUAUUUCACAAUGACGACACUACUGCCGACUCAAGGCGACUUGACCGAGAGCGGACCCCUGUUCCUGGUGGGUUUCCUGGAGAUGGACCUGAAUUUAUCGAGGAUUACAUGUCGAGACUGUCUGUUCAACCCAGCCAGGAGAACAAUUCAGCUUCAGCCAUCUUACCAGACCAAGAUUCUCCAUCGAUCUCCCGCUAUAAUAGUUGGGUAGUGGUUGAUGGUGCCAACGACACGUCAGCAUCAACGGAAUCCAGUCCCGUACGCAAGAAAUCCAGAGCAAGCACGGCGAACCUCUUUGCAUCCCGACCAUCAUCUGCGCCCCGCCAUUCAAGCCACCCUCUAUCUCGCCCUCGCUUGACGCCUCGAUCAUCGACACUUAGAUCGUCAGCGUCAUAUGCAUCGCCGCGGGUUUCAAUGAGCGCGAGCGCCUGCAACACCGCGCCAUCACAGCAUCAGCUUUGGGACUCCAUUUCCGCAGCUUCUGCGAUCGACCAGCGUUACAGCUCAGACAAGCCUUCAAAGCGCCCGAGCGGUAUCUCUAGCACCCACAGGGCUUCACUCUCUACUUCUCGUCGACUGUCAUCCGCUUCAACCCCCACGUCACCAAAGCAGUCUCCCGAAGUCCGCAAAUUCGAACAAAAACUUCGUCGGAAAGAAGCUAAGCAAGACGCGACGAUGAAUCGGUUCAACAUGCAAUUGCAGGCGAUGAUAAAGGAAGGGCAGGCAGCGUUGGGGAGUCGAGUCGAGGUUGAGGUUGAAGAUUACCAGAAUGACGGGGAUGUAGAUGAAGGAUACUUCGGAGAUGGACCCCUAGAUAGAGACACAACGAAGGACACGUGGAGCUGGAACAGGCAGGAUGAACGCCCGGCCCCUGGUCUAGGAGCAUGGUCGUAG